GUUGUACAUAUGCAUGCUGUGUCGUAGCUGAGUAAUCAGGUUACCAUUCUUGAGGUCAAAGGUUAGAAGCAAAAUGGCGGCGCCCUUGGUGAGAAACGCGUUUUUGAUGUCCACAAAUCGUCUAGCAAAACCAGCCUUGAUUGCCGCUUCACAUGCUCACAAAGGUUUGCUUCAGAAUGCAGUGGCUGCCCAGAUGAGGUGCUGUGUCUGUGGGAUUAAGACAGGACCUGCAGAAAGCGAAGAAAACAGUUCACAAGCUGAGCAGUCCCCGUGGACCCUGAUGAGCGCGGUGUGCAUGGUUCGGCGGCCCCUCAUCAUGGCGGAACUGUCGGACGUAGAGCGGAGAUAUAAGGCACACCUGGAGCAGCUGCACCUGGAGACCAGCGUUCUAUCAGAUCAUGAACUACAACUUAUAGAGGAAAAAGUAAAACUAAAGCAACGUCGGAGUAGGGGGUACGAUGAUGAUGAUGAAGAUGGCUCCCUCCUCCUGGCUGCAGACAAGGAGGACCUGGCAGCUGAUAAAUUCCAGGAGUUCCAACCUGCUGACCGCCUUACAGAAGCUGACAUGAAGAAUGACAGAAGCAGCCAGCUGAGGAAACUGGGCGUCCCACUGUACCUUCUGGUGAAACAGAAGCUGGGAGACAAGGCUGUGUGGGUGAUGCCACAAGGCAGCCGUCAGGAGGGGGAGACACUGAGACAGACUGCAGAACGAAUACUGCUGACCUGCUGCGGCACCCAUCUUCGGACCACCUUCUAUGGAAAUGCCCCCUGCGGCUUCUACAAGUACAAGUACCCCCGGACCAUGCGAUCGGAAAAUAACGUCGGAGCCAAGGUCUUCUUCUUCAAGGCAGAGCUGACAGGAGGAGACAUAGAGUGUGACAGUGAAGGUGUUGAGGAAUUUGCAUGGGUCACCCCAGAAGAGAUGAAGGAAUAUCUACCACAGAAAUACCUGGACAGUGUCCUACCCUUUGCCACCUGCCUAUAAAAUGUAGUCAUAUAAUGUGCAGAAAACACUGCAUCGAAUUGCCUAACAGUUUAUUAGAUGAUAUUGCAGCAUUCUUUGAUAGACACGAUAUUAACUGAGUUAAGUUGGUAAUGAUUUGGAAAAAUGUUCAGUAUAAACACACUGUUUGAAAAACGCCAUGCUUUUUUGAAUACAAAACUAUCCACUAUGACUAUAAAUCUAGUUGUAUUGUUGUAAAGAAAGCACUGUGUCAAAUUGCCAAACAGUUUAAAGGAUGAUCUUCCAGUGUUCUUAGAUAGACAAGAUAUUAAUUAAUUUAAAUUGGUAACUUUUGGGAAAAAUGUUCACAGUAUAUACAAUGUAUACACUGUUUGAACAACGUCAUAGUUUUUUGUACAAAACCAGCCACUAUGAUUAACAAUAUAUUGACAAGUGAAGCAUCAUUUCUGAAGUAUUGAAUGUAUUUGAUAGAAAGUCCUGUAAUCCAGAAAAAAUGAAUGCCUGCUGGUAUAAUCUGUUCAUUUUCAAAGCGGGCUAACGUCCACUGAUUGUUUUCCGGGUCCUGUUAUUCUGGACCAGUCCAACAAGAAAUAAAUUUUGUACUGGUACCCA